GCGGCUGGCCAAGCCGGGCCGGGCCGGGCUGCUCCUCGCUGCGAACCGGACGGCGGAGCGGGGAGCGCCGCGCUGCCCUGCGUCACGGGAGGCUGGCGGCUGGCUCCGCCACCCCCUCCGGCAACGGGACCGGCACCGGCAGCGGGACCGGCAUCGGCACCGGCAACGAGACCAGCCCCGGUACCGCCCCCGGUAGCGGGACCAGCCUCGGCACCGGUUCCGCCAUCCCCACUGGCAACGGGACCAGCCCCGGCACCAUCUCCCCCGCCGGCACCGGCAUCAGCACCGGCACCCCCGCCAGCCCCACCGCCGUGCCCUCCACCUCCGUCCUGCGUGAGAUUUACGGAUUUCAGGGAAAAACCAAACCCCACCAGCCGCCGGGAAAGUCGGCCCGGAAAGGAAAUCCCGGGAUCACUGGGAGGUUGGGCAGGGUUUGGGGUCGUUCCCGACGAUUUCCCAGCGCCCACCGACAGCUGGCAGGGGAAAAUUUGGGGUGUUUUAUCCACAGGACCCCCGAGAAAAGUCGCUUGGGAUAUAUCUCCUCGCUGGCAGCCAGAGGUUUUCCUCACGGAAAGUGAAACCUCGGGAUCGGCGUCCCGGCCAGAUAAACCCUGCGUGGACAUGGCAGAGCCCGGCUCUUGGGCCGGCCGGGGUUCACAUCCCGGAGGAGCCAGGGAAACGCCGCUCGCCUGACCAGGAAUCUUGUUUUUAUCCAGGAAAUGUCGUUUUUAACUGGGGAAUGUCGUUUUUAACUGGGGAAUGUUGUUUUUAACAGGGGUGCCGGGAUCGGGGGGGUCACUUGGACACACGGAACUUGGCGUCACCUCGUAAGGGAUUUCUUCUUCACCGUUUUUUUUUUUUAAUUUCUCUGGGAAAGCGGCCAAGCCAUUUCCCACAGCGCGUGGUGGUGAUCCCGGAGCCGAGCGAGCCUGUGGUAUUGCCGGGGGGGGGGGUGUUUUGGCUGGGGGGAUUGCGUUCCGCUGUCCCCCCCCUCCUCUUCCCGACCCGCGACCGGCCAUGGCGUUGAAAGCCAGAGCGCUUUACAACUUCCAGAGCGAAAACAAAGAGGAGAUCAGCAUCCAGGAGAACGAGGAGCUCGUCAUCUUCAGUGAGAACUCCCUGGACGGGUGGUUACAGGGCCAAAACAGCCGCGGGGAGACCGGCCUCUUCCCUGCUUCCUAUGUCGAGAUCCUCCGCUCCCGGUCGGGUUCCAACUACACGGACUACUCCAGCAGCCCGGCCGGCUCCCCCGGGCACGACUCCUCCUUCUACUCAGCAUCCCCCAAUCCCGGCAUCUCCUACCAGGGCAGUUUUGAGGACGACGAUGAUGAUGAUUGGGAUGACUGGGACGAUGCGUGCACGGUGGUGGAGGAGCCCCAGAGCGCCUCGGGUACCAAUGGGCACCCCUCACCCAAUCUGCAGUACCCGGAGGCCUAUGGCCACCACCAGCAUGCCGGUUACCGGCCCAAGCCGGCGCUGGAGAGGCAGGAUAGCAUGAGCUCCUCCAAGAGGGGCAGCGUGGUAGGGAGGAACCUCAACCGCUUCUCCUGCUUCGUCCGCUCCGGUGUGGAAGCCUUCAUCCUGGGCGACGUGCCCCUGAUGUCCAAGAUCUCUGAGACAUACUGCAUCGAGAUGGGCUCCAGAGGUCCCCAGUGGAGGGCGAACCCCCACCCCUUCAUCUGUUCCGUGGAGGACCCCACCAAGCAGACCAAGUUCAAGGGCAUCAAGAGCUACAUCUCCUACAAGCUGACCCCCAGCAACAUCAACUCGCCCGUGUACCGGCGGUACAAGCACUUCGACUGGCUCUACAACCGCCUCCUGCACAAGUUCACAGUGAUCUCGGUGCCCCACCUGCCCGAGAAGCAGGCCACUGGCCGCUUUGAGGAGGACUUCAUUGAGAAGCGCAAGCGGCGACUGAUCCUCUGGAUGGACCACAUGACCAGCCACCCCGUCCUCUCCCAGUACGAGGGCUUCCAGCACUUCCUCUGCUGCCGUGACGAGAAGCAGUGGAAGCUGGGCAAACGCCGGGCGGAAAAGGAUGAGAUGGUGGGUGCCAGCUUCCUCCUCACCAUCCAGAUUCCCACGGAGCACCAGGACCUGCAGGACGUGGAGGACCGCGUGGACGCCUUCAAGGCCUUCAGCAAGAAGAUGGACGACAGCGUCCUGCAGCUGACCAAUGUGGCCUUGGAGCUGGUGCGCAAGCACGUGGGGGGCUUCCGGAAGGAGUUCCAGAAGUUGGGCAAUGCCUUCCAAGCCAUCAGCCACUCCUUCCACAUGGACCCUCCCUACAGCUUGGAUGCCCUCAACAACGCCAUCUCCCACACAGGCAAGACGUACGAGACUGUGGGGGAGAUGUUUGCUGAGCAGCCCAAGAAUGACCUGUUCCUCAUGCUGGACACGCUUUCCUUAUAUCAAGGGCUCCUCUCCAACUUUCCAGACAUCAUCCACCUCCAGAAAGGCGCCUUCGCGAAGGUGAAGGAGAGCCAGCGGAUGAGCGACGAGGGCAGGAUGGACCAGGAGGAGGCUGACGGGAUCCGCAAGCGCUGCCGCGUGGUGGGCUUCGCCCUGCAGGCCGAGAUGAACCACUUCCACGAGCGCCGCGUGGCCGACUUCAAGAGGAUGAUGCAGUCCUACCUAAGACAGCAGAUCGUCUUCUACCAGCGCGUCAGCCAGCAGCUGGAGAAGACACUGCGCAUGUAUGACAACCUCUAACGCCUCCACUUGCUCUGCCCGCAGCCUCGCACGCCUCCUCUGUCUGUGACAGACUGAGAACUAACAGGAACUCGUCACGCUAGAGACCAAAUGACUUUGGGCUUUCCUCCCCCUUCCCGGGCCUGUGGGGAAGGGCUCGCCUGCAGGUUGGCUGUGCCACCUCUUUUCCUGGGGACCUCCCACCCUGCCAUGGGUCUGGUGGGGGCACAGGAGGCUCACAAGAGAGACAGUAACAGUGGAGGUAACAGUGCUGCCCAGUGAUUUUUAGCUUUCUGAAAACCCACUCUCCUGGAGCAGAGGCAGGUGCAUCCCAGCCUGCUGGGAGAAGAAGUCCAAGCGGUCAACAUUUUGCACACUAAAAGCUUUUCUGAUGGAAAAAAGAGAAGGAAACAGAUCUUUAUUUGGAAGAGAUUUUUUUGUUUGUUUGUCAUGAGAUAUUUUCAAUAUUUUCCAUUUUUCUGCAGCAUUUUUACUGAUCAGUUUUUAACUAGAUGCCCAGAGGCGAAGGGAAAUCUCUUUCUUGAGCAUGGCUGCUGACUGGGAAAAGGGAGAAAAAAAAAAAAAAAGGGAAAAAAAAAAAAAAGCCCCACAGCCUUUUCAAUAAAAUUGUUGGUAGAAAAAACA